UUACCUCACCUUUCACACUUACAUAGUACCUUCCUCAGCUUGGGUAGUAAAGUACAUGGCGGAUAGACAAAUAGGCGAUCAAAAAAUGGAACAAAACGAGGUGCAAAGGAUGCCGAGCUCAAUAGUCGUAGCUUCCUGUCCCAUCUACUGCCUGCUUACAUGAUUUCCCGCCGUGUUGAGCGCAUACAAAAGAGCUCUCCCCCAUCCCACCCAGGCGCAUCUCUUGCUGUUCCACGAUAACUUCUCUUUCUCUCUUCCCGUUCCGAGUCUUUUGCUUUCUAUUCCAAGAUACCCCCGACUCUAUAGUGUACACCCCACACACUGCCCAAAAUGUCCCAGACCUCCCGUACCUUCACCCUCAACACGGGUGCUAAGAUCCCCGCCAUCGGCUUGGGAACCUGGCAGUCCGGCCCCAACCAGGUCAAGCUCGCCGUCGAGUCUGCCCUGAAGAACGGCUACCGUCACAUUGACACCGCUUUCGCCUACCAGAACGAGAAGGAGGUUGGCGACGGCAUCAUUGCCUCGGGCGUCCCCCGCGAGGAGAUUUGGCUCACCACCAAGCUCGACAACCCCUGGCACAAGCGCGUUCCCGAGGCCAUCACAAAGUCCCUCGAGAACCUCCAGACCGACUACGUCGACCUCUACCUCAUGCACUGGCCCUCCAGCACCGACCCCGAUGACCUCAAGAAGCACUACCCCGACUGGGACUACGUCGACACCUGGCGCGAGCUGCAGAAGCUCGUCGAGACCGGCAAGGUCAAGAACAUUGGUGUCUCCAACUUUGGCCUCACCCACCUCGAGCGCCUUCUUAGCGACCCCUCCACCAAGAUCGUCCCCGCCGUCAACCAGAUCGAGCUUCACCCCUGCAACCCCUCCCCCAAGCUCCUCGAGUACUGCAAGUCAAAGGGCAUCCACGCCACCGCCUACUCGUGCCUGGGCAGCACCGACUCCCCCCUCUACACCAACCAGACCCUCCUCGAGAUUGCAAAGUCCAAGGACCGCACUCCCCAGCAGGUCCUCCUCCAGUGGGGCCUGGCCAGAGACGUCAGCGUCAUCCCCAAGUCCGUCUCCGAGGGCCGCAUCAAGGCCAACUACGACCUCGACGGAUGGUCCCUCACCGAUGACGAGAUCAAGAAGAUCUCCGCCAUUCCCGACCGCUUCAAGGUCUGCGACGGCACCUUCCUUCCCGAUGGUGUCAAGGUCUUCUUUGGUGAUGAUGAGUAAAUUUCUCAGUCCGGGCAGGAAUGUAAUGAGUGAGAAGAAGUGGUGGACUCACAUAAUGAGUUGAAAAAGAAACGAAACAACGCUACGGCGUGAUAACACAUGCUGCCACACACAGGCAGCUAGGACGUAAUAGUCCUUGAUAUACAUGAGAUGAAUAAAUGAUCUUUUUUUUU